AUGGUCGUGGACAGGCAAAAGGUCCAAACCAGUUCAGAGCUCCAGAGGUUGGGGAGUCGGCUGGACGCAAUCUUUGGUCGUUUUAGGGAGCUGGAUGAGGCAGAGAGGGUCCUGACAGGGAGGCUGAAGCGCCACAGGCAGGCUCUGGACAAACAAAAACAACAAAAGCAGGUCUGGACCUCUCUAUUAGAGGACAGUCUGUCCACUGUGGAGGUCAGCCUGCUUUUAGGGUAUGUUUCCGACACCUUCCACAGCUGCCACACUCUGGUCCUGCAGCGCGUGCCUGACCUGGCCCCCAGCCUGCCCACCACCGCCUCUGUCCUCCGCACACAGCCCAAGAACCGCCGGGGGUACCAGUGUGACUACCAGAGGACAGGGAAGAGGGACGGGCAGCAGCAGAGCGACGUGGGCUGUGAUACGGAGGUGUGUCAGAACCAGGCGCUGAGGGCCAUGCAGGUGGUGGAGAGAGGCAAGGCGGGACCCAUCGAGAUGAGAGGAGGAGCUUGA